ACUACAUGGAGGUAGAAAGGCAAAUAUCUAAUUCGGCGGACCUGCAUUUAAACAUGCUGGGAAAUGUAGAAGACGAGACAAAAAAAACCCACUGGCGCCUGGACUUAAACCAUUACGCCACUAAGAAGAGUACGGCUCAGAGCAUGCUUGAUGUAGCGCUAUUGAUGGCCAACUCCUCUCAACUAAAGACUGCAUUGCAGGAAGGGCCUGAGUACAGAGUUCAUCUGAUUACUCUCAUCAUUCUGUCCAUCACACUCCAGGUCUUUGUUGGCUUCCUUCUGAUAUUCAUUGUAAAACAUAACCUGAAUGAUGAAAAGAAGCAAACUAAACUGAACAUGUUAAACAAUCUGGCUACGGUUUUCGUCCUCGUUAUUCUCCUAGUCAAUGUCUUCAUCACUGCCUUGGGUUCUGAUUCGGGUCGAUGAAUUGUGCACCUUCAGGUUCACAAAAAUUCGGGAGUUAUGUAAAGAUGUAAUGCUGCCAGUGCUCAAAUGGAUCUGCUGGGAACGGCCCAAAUGUGUUCAAGCUUAAUUUGCUGCUGAUUAGAAGGCUGGGGGCCAUUUAGACAUGCAAUGUAUUAUAAGAGUGCCUAUUCAUGAAUAAA